AUGACUUUCAAGAUCUUAGAAACAAAUGGCAGCGCCGAUGAGUGGCUAUGCACAGCAAAAGAACAUCGAGAACAACACGAGAAAUUCCUUCGCUUUCUCGACGAUCGUCCACACACAUCUGGUACACUUGUCUCGAUGAACUACUAUCCUCGUUAUGGUGAAAUAUAUCGACUGAUGGAAGGUUUACGUGAAUACGGUCUUUUUAGAAAUGAACAUCGAGAUUUUCAAGAAGAAGUCGUUCGACUACGUGUUCUUCGUGGUAAACAGCGCAAAAAUAUGCGUCUCUUAUAUCCAAAACGAAUGCCUGAACUUGCUCCGUGUUGUAAAACAUCCCCUUCAUCGAAAAAAUGA